CUAUCAGCAGAGGCAGGAGAGCAAACUUCAGCGAGGACCAGCGUGGGAACAGCAGCAUGGCUCUCCGGCUCCAGGGUCCCCUCCUCCUGGUCUUCCUGGCAGCCCUCCGGGUGGGAGAGAGCCGGUACUUCGAGGUGAGCAAUGCCCUGGCGCUCGGACGCCCCUUCCCCUCUUAGAGAUCCCCAGCCUGAAAGCACUUAGGAUGUGGGAGAGAGAGCGUGUCUCUCCUUCGGGAGCUGGGCGCGCUGCUGCUGCUGCUGCUGACGCCGCUGUUGUCCUUUUUGCCUUUGUGUCUCCAGGUGAGGGAUGCGGGCGCCGAGGAGCCCUUUCUGCUGCUCAACGCGGAGCUGAAGAGGGAGCUCUCCGAGGGGCAGUUCUACCGCCGGGCGCUGCGUGAGUCGCUUCCUUCUGGGCGGUCGAGGAGGGGAGCCCACUUCAUGGGUGGGACUCCGGGCUGGGCUGGGGAAGGGAUGGAAGCCGAAGAGCCCGGGGAGAGGAGGGGAUGGAGGCCAGGGGAAUGCGCCAGGCAGCGCAGUGUAGUGGCUAGAGCAAAGGUGAGGAGACCUGUGACCCUCCAGGGAGUUGAACAGGAGAUGGGAUUUCUGCAUCCUGUCAAACUCUUUUGUAUAGCUAUUAAAGACACAGGACAGGAGGAACCUCAACUAGUUCUCCCUAGAAUGGCACUCUGCACAUGCUCAGAAGCACUUUCGUUUUUAUUCUUACCAAGGCCAUUUGUACGUGUAGACUAGAGCAGAAAGCUAGAAGGCUGGGUGAGUCCCAGGUUCAAAUGCCGCUCCACCAUGAAGCUCUUUGGGUGACCUUGAGCCAGUCACGCUCUUUCAGCCGAAGGCUGCAGUCCUGGCGCCAAUUACCUGAAUUCAAUAGGACUUACUUCCAAAUAGGCGUGGUUAAGAUUUCACUGUAAACUAAGUUAUAAAAUUGGAAGAUGGGGAGGAGGGGUGGACUUAAAGGUUACAAAGGGAAGGAAUGAAUGAGGUGAUAAAUACAUGUACAUAAUGGGAAAUUAGCUAUGGAGCCCUUUUCUUGAGUGCCAAAGCACAGUGUUGGCAAGAAAAAAGAAAGUGCCUUUCUAGGGUGAUCUGCAACAUAAGCCAUUUCUUUAAUAGUACAGAGAUAGUUGCAUAGCUACAUAGAAGAGAACAGUUUGACAGGAGAAGUUUGCAGAAAUCCCUUCUUCUGUUCAACUCUGAAAAAUAUUGUUCUGUUUUGCAUCUGAUCACUCCAUGCAUUUCGGAUUCUAACAAAUAAGGACAGUCAAGCAUCCUUUCCCCCCCUGGAAUUAAGGAGCCAGGACCUCUAGUCCAUGGGGCUCACUUCCAGGAUGUGGGGCUUACUUCCAGCUUCAGCAUCUCUCCAGUGUUUCUACAAAUGAAUUCUUCUUGUGGUGGAGUUUUGACAACUGGGAGAUGAUGACCUAGAGGAAGUGCGGCAGGAAAGAAAACUGAGGGAGAGGGAGAGGAAGAAGAAGUGUUGUUGAAAUAUGAGUACAGAGGGCUGUGGUGACCUUUGAGAGGGAAGAGGGAACAGAAGUUGGUUAAGGGAAGUAGUACGGAGAGAGAUUAUGAGGCUCAUCUCGUCUUAAAAGUAAUGCUGCUUCUUUUGGAAUCCCCUUACCACUAAUUCCCAAUAUGUCAGUUCUAAUUUUGAUUCUUUUGUAUUGAGAGAAAAGCACCCUAGUGCGUGGCCUUCAUUGCUAUGUUACUCCUGAGCCCUUGCAUCUCCAAGUUUAUUAACCCCUAGCUGGGGAAACAGGAGGUAUGGAUUCCCUUUGGGAGGAAAAACUGUACACCAUUCUUUUAAGCAAGGAUUAUUGUGGCUGCCACCUCAGAAAACAGUGCUCUACCCUGAGCAGAGUGGGGACGAAAUAGUAGGCAAUGAAUGCCAGGAUGUGGGGGGAAGGCUUGACAAUGUUCUGCUCCUGAUGUUGUUCUGCAGAGAGCAUCUCUGGGACAGAGAAUUGAGAUGUGCUCAUUGGGAAUAGAUGGAUACCGAAUGAAAAGCAGAUUGUACGUAAGAGCUCCCUUCAUAAGAUGCAUGGAGUGCUACCUUCAGAAGCAGUGUGUGUGUGUGUGUGUGUGUGUGUGUGUGUGAUCUCUCACACUCUUUCUCUCUCUUCCACACACACAAAUGUAACCACAUAUCCACAUACUUAGAGCAGAAAUUGUAAAUAGUGGGGUCAAAAGGCAAUGAAAUAAGAGAGAGACAGUUUACGGCCAUUCAUUCUAAAGCUUUUAGGUUUACAAAAUAAGGAUAGUAACUGUUAUGUUUAUUGGAUUAAUUUAAAAACUGAGGACGAUGCCUUAUACAUGGUCAGACUAUUUGCCCAUACGGCAGUGGCUGUCAAGAAUUCCAUCCAUCCUCCACCAGCUCACUCACGGGCCAGCAUGGAAUUUCUGGUUGCCUAAGAGGUACAAGCAAGCAAUUUGUUAAAGCCGUGGUUGUCUUGAUUCCAUGAAGAUCAGCUUAAAUUGAUGACUUGAAAAAUACUUAUUAGAGUUGUCCGUUAAGGAAACCAAAAUGGAAAUAUGAGCAAGCAUCAUUUUUAGAUUGAGCUACCGUGAGCCCAGUGAAGCUUAGCAAGGUCUGAAUGCAUAAAUAGGAGUCGGGUAAUACCUAGCAGGGCCACAAAAGGUGUUUUAGAGGGGAGCUUAACAUCACAAACAGGUCAUUGGGAACAGGUUUUCUUUGGUAAUUGGAUUUUCCAUGAAAGGGGGCAAUCUCAAUUAAAUUGGGGGGGGGGAGAGAUGUUUUAGUAUUUUGUGCAGACCCUGCAAGCAGCUUGUGUUCCUGAGAAUUGCUGAUCCCACAAUACAUCACUCAUCAGGAACACCCUUGAUGAAAGGCUUUUUUACUUUUCAUUCUGGUAUCUCUGUUUGAAAACAAAAUAUAGAAUGAGAAUCAGCUGUGAGACAGAAAGGAAUCACUCGGUUGCCUUUAUUCUCCCCAUCUCCAGGAUGCAUUGACAUGCUGAGCAUAGAAGGACAAUUCAGCUUCACGGCACAGCAGCCCCAGCUGCACUGUGCUACUUUCUUCAUAGCAGACCCAACCGAGCUCCUCACAAUAGACUUUGAUUUUGUCAACAUUGACUGUCAAGCAGGAGAUUUCCUGAAGGUAUGAGGUUUGCAAUGCCUGGUGGUCUUAGCAGGGCUGUCCUGAAUGUGUGAAUGUGUGCAGCAGGGCAGAAGAGAGAAAACUGUUGCCCCUUUUGGAGGAUCUGGCAUGCUGAUUUGGCAGUGGAUACACAAACAGGGUCAGAAUAAAGGUUGUCCUUCCAAUCCGUUCUCAACAUUUUCCCAGGACAUGGUUAAUCACACACAUGGCAAGUGGAAGAACUCACAAUACCAGAAUCCCUUCUCUGCAGGUCUGCUCUUAGCUGCAGGGCUAAUGUUUGCUUCAGGGCCAGCCCACCCAUCAAGCAGACUGAAGCAUCUGCCUCAGGCAGUGGAAACCCACUGAGCAGUGCCCCUGUGGGCACACCACCCACCUCCUGGUACCACAGUGGUCACAAGAGAUCUUGCCGGAAGCUGCCACAUGAUCUCAAUAAGCAAGGUUUCUGCAAGAGAGCAGGAGGGACAGCAGUUGGGGUGCCACCUUCCCAUUUAUCCUCAGGGAGCAAAAGAGAAUUGGCCGCCCCUGGUUUCCUUCAUAGCUGCUAGUGGGGCUAAGAAUCAGCACAUAGUAAAUUCUGUUCAGUGGUGAAAAUGGUCAAGAGCAGAGAGGUAGAGUCUUGGCAGAACAUUGUCAGAGUUUUGCUCCAAAUCUAGCAUGUUUUGGCCAGUUAUGCUUCAUUGACAAGAAGCACUGGAAAUAAAGGAAAACAAGGAUGAUGAACCUGCAGCCUCUGGAUGUUCUUUGGCCAUUAUUCCUGACUAUUGGCCACUCUGGCUGAGGCUGAUGGAGCUGGUGUCCAACUACAGCUAGAGGAGCACAGGCUCCCUAUCCUUGCUUUAAAAGGUCCUUCUGUAAAGGGCCACCUAAUAGAAGGACAGGGACGUGUAUCUCAUCACUGCUCACAUCAGCAGCAAUGCCCAGUAGUGUGCCUGUGACAGUUAUGGUCACAUUUAGCAAUUUCAAUAGCAAAGAAGGCACUACUUGCAAGGAAGAAUUACAUUUUCCCAAUGAGAAAAUUAAGCACAUCCACUGCUGGGAAAUGUUGUCACUACAAGCAAAGCAUGGUCUUGAAGGAUAAUGUCUAAACACCAUGCAACAAAUAAAUAAUAACUGUGCAUUUAUUUGCACUUAACGAUGAUCGCAUGGAAAGGCCUUAUGUGGAGCAUCUAAAGUGAUUGCUAAGUAAACACAAUUAGCAAUCGGUCCUGUCAAUGCACUUGUUUGUCUGCCUCAACAGAGCAUACAAGAAUUUUAAUUUUCUUAGAUCUGAAAUAUGAAGUAUCUUUCACAGUUCUCCGUACAUCUUAAGGACCUAGCGUGAUCAGAGCCGAGAGUAGCAAGCAUGAAUUCAGACAGCAUGGAAAUAUGUGCAUAACUUAUGCUGUGUGCCAGAAUCUCGGGAUCAGGUCAUGGAUGGCAAUAUAAGCUUUGCAGAAAAUGUUUGGGAAAGAGAGGAGGGACCAGCAUCUGUUUCUUUACAGCUGGCACAAACUUCAAAGUGAGACAAAUAAGAGAGCAAGAGCUGAAAAGGAGCCUGACAUACUAAUACUGUCACUCAUUUGACACUGCAUAUUGAUCACUCAGAUUGCUCCAAGUUUAAAUGCCAGGCUUCAGAAAUGUGUCCCCUCUAAUUAAACACAAUUACUAAAAUAUUUGAAGUGGAAAACUGCAGGGAAUGUCAGAGUAAUUAAGCAGAGUAAUUAAGUGAUGACUUAUGAUUGAUGUUAAUGCCAAGUCUUACGUGGAACAGAUUGGCCAACAUUUCAGAUAAGGGAUAGGAAGGGGGGAAGUGGUCCCAGGACUCCAAAUAAAAAUAUCACUGGACUGUUCUAUAACCAAAAGGAUUACCACUGUGUUCCCAAUCCAAACUGGGGCCCCAUGGCUCCUAUUUAAUUAAAAAACACACAUGGGAGACAAGAUCUCCCAUAACUCAGAACUACAUGGGCAAGGCCUGUUAAGUGGUUCAUUCCCACCUAAGUGUUAACAUUCCUCCUGGAUCUGCAAAAUAGGAAUGGGAUCUUAAGCUUCUACUCUCGAGCCAUUUAUUCCUGAGCAGUAGUCAUUGCAUUUCUGCAGGGCUUCUCCAGGAUAUCUAGCUCUGAGCGCUGUGGUCUGUGCCUCUGCAAAGCAGAUCAGCAUAAAAAACUUCAUAUUUAUGGGGUUGUGGUUGUGCUUUAAGGGAAAACUGCUACACAGGUGCCACUCAGGUGCUGGCUUGUGCUUCUGGGAAUUGUAGUGAGAAAGUAAACACUAAUUGUCCUUUUCGUUGCUGCAUCCCUCUAGGUGUUUGAUGGCUGGAUAUUGAAAGGUGAGAAGUUUCCCAGUUCCUUGGACCAUCCUCUCCCCACCUCCGAAAGAUACAUAGAUUUUUGUGAAGGCAACAGCAUCAGGAGCACCAUCAGGCCAUCACAGAAUGUGGCAAUGAUCUUCUUUGGGAUUCAUGACCCGGGAAAUGGAUUCACAGUAACAAUAAAGAAAAAGCCCAACCUUUUCCGUAAGCAUUGUUUCAUGUUGUCAUCUGAGUAAAAAGAAUGCCAGUGAUCUCAUAUGCACAUUUAUAUGAGCAGUGCUGUGAUAAAAUAUUCUGUGGUCCAGUCAAAAGAUUUGUUCUGCCAAAAAACAAGUACAUUGGGUAGUAUAUGAGUCUUGAGUGCUGUCUCAUAAUAUCAUGAUGAAGAUGAUGAUGCAGGGCCAUUAUUGUGGCCUUUCAGGCAAUCAGGACAUUGCAAAUGUUUGGUGUCAGGUGCCAAGCAUUUGUCUGAAAUAAUUUAGAAUAGUCUAUUGUAGAUUGAGUUAAUUAAACACACCAGUUUCUGGAGCAAUAUACCAAUUCACACUAGCUCUUGUGCUACUUAACGAGGACAAACAAAUCAUCUUGCAAGCAUUUGAGGAAUUCCAUACUAGAGACAAUUAGGAAAGGAACUGAAAAUAAAACUGUCAAUGUCUUAAUGCUACACUGUACUAUACAAAUCUAUGGUGUGGUUGCAUUUGGAAUACAGUGCACAGUUCUGGUUACCUUGCCUCAGAAAGGAUAUUGCAGAGUUAGAAAAGGCUCUAGAAAGGGAAACCAAAAUGAUCAAGGGGAGGAAUGAGGAAAGGCUGCAGUAUUUUAGUGUAGAAAAAAAAGAGUCAGAGGAAACAUGCCAUAGAGAAGGCGGAUAGAGAAAAGUUUUGGCUCCCUCUCAACGCUAGAUCUUGUGCACAUCCAAUGAAGAUUAAUGUUGGAAGAUUCAGGACAUCUAAACCAAAGUAUUUAUUCACUCAGCAGAUAGUUAAACUAUGGAAAUCACUCCACAGGAGGGAAUCAUGACCACCAACUUGGAUGACGUUAAAAGAAUAGACAAAUUCAUGGAGGAUACGGCUGUCAAUUUCCUCCCAGAAUACGAGUUUCUGGAAACUGCAAAAGGGGAGAGUGCUCAUGUGCUCAGUCCUAUUUGUGGGUCUCUGUAAGAACAGGAUGCUGCACGAGUUGGGUCAGUGGCUUGAUCCAGCAGGCUCUUUUUAUGCUUAAACAUUUCAUUUAGUUUAGUCCUGAGGCAUCAGGUAAAAAGUCUGCAUUGAACAUAUUGUGAUCAAGUAACUCUGUAUCUUUCCCCUAUACUAAAGCUUGCAAUGUCAUCUCUCAGACCCCUGCUGGAAGGUUUACCAUGGUCAUUCCUCAUCAGCGCAGGAACUGCAGCUUUUCCAUAAUCUACCCAGUGGUGAUAAAAAUAUCUGAUCUUAUGCUGGGCCACUUGAAUGGCCUCCGCUUAAAGGUGAGUUGAUGGUUUUGUACUAAGCCAUCAAUGGAAAUUUUAUAUGGAUCAUCGGGUUAUGCUGUAAAUCCUUUAUACAGGCCACACCAGUAUUUCUUUUAAAUAGCCCAUUAUGUAAACAUAAAUCUGUACUUAUUCUGGAGUUACAUCCUUGCAGAGUGCGAUGCAAACUGGCAAACUAUCUUCUAUAUAAAAGGGGGCUUUUUGCAUAUUGAGAGCUCUCCUAGUAGAAUCAUGCUGACAAUGGACUUACCAACUUGAGCAUUUAUCUGUUUUUACUUUGGGUGUGUUUUUGAUUUAAAAAAAUUAAUUGUUUCACUGUAUUUUGUAAAUACAGUUUGGGACAUUCUGUUGUGGAAAUUGAUUAAUGAAUUCAACUAACUAACUAACUUAUCAAUGGUCAUGAUACACAAUACCUUUGACUGAGGGUGACGAUCAGUUUCUUCUUACAUGGUGAGAUCCAUAAACUCUGCUGCAGUGCUAUGAUUCUUCUGCAAUAGCUGCCACCAUGCAUGGCAUCACUGCACACCAAUGGCUACCAGUGGAUAAUUUUCCUGGUCUAUGCAGCAUCUAUCCUAGGCAAUGAGCACUCUAAGUAGCACAAGCUUCUGUAUGCAGGUUAACCAUUUAAAAAAUAAAAAUAUUUAAAGAGCUACAUGAAACCUUCUGCAGUUGGAUAAAAUUCAGAGUAAAAUAUAUUUGGUCAAUACUAUUGCACUUAAUUCUGCAUCUCUUUUUACAGAAACCCACCGUAGGCUGUGGAGAAGUAGGAGAUUUUUUGGAGCUCUUGGGAGGAAAUGGGUUAGAUCCCUCUAAGAUGUUCCCUUUAGCUGAUCUGUGCCACUCCUUCCAUGGCCCAGGUGAGUUCUUGCUUUAAUGUCACCUGUUCAAAUGUUUCCAAAGAAUGAUACAGAAAGAGUUGUGAAAUCUGAUUGCUUUACACUCAAGUCCUAAAUAUUUUGCUGCUAUUUACCUGCACUGCUGGAAUAACACCUUACGCUGCGAGACUGCACUGACACUGCUAUCUGUUGCGUCCAUCAUAUAUGGUGCUUAGCUAAGGAGCAAGAGAAUGACACUGUGCCAACCUUCCCCAACCUGGUGCCCUUCAGGCAUUUCAGACUAUAAUGCCCAUCAGCCUCAGUCAGCGUGUUUGUGUUGGUUGAGGCUGAUGAGAUUUGUAUUCCAAAAUAUCUGGAGGCACCAAGUUGAGGUAAGUUUCACUAUGCCAGUGCUGUACUUGAUGACACUGAGCUUUUUAAAAACAACAACAGUUUUAACAGGAUGAAGUAACAGAGAUGGAUAUAACAUAAAAAGCUAACAUCACAGAGCCUUUCAAAACUCCCUUCUCACUGUACGCAAACCUUGUUUUAAACUGCUACCUUUCCCACUCAGUUUCAUUCCCUGCCCACUCUACUAAAACUUCUACCAUUGUUUAAAAUCAGUACUUUCCCCAUCCCUGCUUUAUUCAGAUUUCUGUCAUUGUUUAAAAUGGCCACUUUCCCCCUCUCAGUAUCUCUCCAUUUCUGCAUUACUCAAACCUCUACCAAUUUUAGAAACUGGCACUGUCCCCCUUUCAGUGUUUCAUUCUUUUUGCUAUACUCACACUUCCAUUCCUAACUGCCUCAUAUGAGAGGGAUAAUGAAUGUUGAGCUCUCAAAUAGUUCAUAGUACUUUCAUAUAAGGAAUGCAAUUAACUCAAAUCUCUGUUGUUUAAAACUUCCAUUUCCCUCUCAGUUUCUUUCACCCCUCCUUUACUCAAACUUCUGUUGUUACAUUUUAAACCACCACUUUUCCUCUCUAUAUUCCUCCUUUCUUUUUUUCCAUGCCAUGACCAUUGCUGUUAUGCAACUUUUGUUCCCUCGCCCUACCCUGACUUCAUUCAAAUCCAGAAUUCUACAAAUCCUUCUGUGAGAGCUGUGCAGUGACAUUCUUCCUUUUUUAUUACAUAGAAAUGGGCUUUAGAUAUAGACUAAUGCAACCUUCACAAACAUAGUGCUUUCCUCAUAUUUUGGACAGCUCCAGCUGACAUGGUCGUGUAUUGUCUGUUAUUCCAAACAAUAACAAGGUGUUCUUUAUCUUUUGACUAGCCCAAAUGAAGAUAGGCUGUGACAACACUGUGCUGCGAAUGGUCUCGAGUGGCAAACAUAUCAAUCGUGUAACAUUUGAGUAUCAUCAGCUGGAGCAACAUGAACUGGAAAACAGAAAGGAGAACAGCCUUGAAGAGUUUUGUCUUUCAAAUAUUUGAGAAACAAGACAAGUCACUCAUGAUUGAAAUGUAAUGUUAAUUUUAAGCAGCUAACUUUAUGUAACCUUUCUAGGGUUCAGACAUUUAUCUUUUCUUACUAAAUCAUUUUUUCCAUUAUCAGAACAGUAUUGAUCCUAGCUUUUCUCCCUUAAGUGUAUUUAGUAUUAUCUAAUACACACGGAUCCAUAUGGAUUCUGAAAGCAUGUGUACACAUCCAUUGAUUCAGAGCAAAAGACAAGCACACACACCAAUUGUUUCCAAUGGAAGUAUUAUUUCAAAUACUUUUGUAAUUGUUUUGAGUGCACGUGUAACACUGAGGGCACUCCAGAGUUCACUUAGCAAUUUCCCCUCUUUUGCAUCAGUCACAAGUAUAAAAAGAUGCAUAAAGAGAAAUUACACUUCAAUUUUGUAAGUGAACGUUCUGUAUUAGUGCGUGCCAAUUCAAUUGUUUGUUAAUUUAUUGAUACAAAUGUAUAAUUAGUUGUUUUUAAUAAAAUUUAUAGCAUGGAAAAAUGGUUUUUCUUCUACUGGUCCAGAC